AAACAAAGGCAUUAAUCAUCAAGCUGAGUAUAUUCACUGAAGUACAAAACUUAUAAAAUAAUAUUCUAACAGGUUUAAUUACUGUGCCAUUGUAGGUUUAUUGUUUUUUCGUAGUUCAGAUAUUUGUGAAAUUAAGUUAAUAUGCCACACUGUUUCAUUAAUUCCAUUCGAGGAAAAGAUGACAUCAACAAUUAUAUGCAGCCUCCUAAAGAGGUUCUAAAACAAGAUUUGUUUUAUGAAGAAAUAAAUAAAGAAGACUCAUGCGAUGACUGGAGUACAAUCAAUAGUCUUCCAUUUGUGACUCGAUGGUGCCUGGACAAAAUCCCGACAAGAGAAACUGAGAGUGAAAGUACAAAUGUGAAUUAUGACUCUCCGCCACUAAGUGAUAUUCCCGAUGAGGAUGACAGCUCUUCUGAUGAGGAGCCAGGAGUGUCGAGAGAUACAGAGGUGUACCAGCCACAUGAUCACUCGAUGUUGGGAUUGAGCUGGCUGCUGUUGUCUCUGGGCCAGCAGUGCAAGGAGACCAGCAGCAGCAGUAGCAGCGGCAACAGCAGUGAAAGCAGCAAGAGUGUGCAGCAUUACUGCCUGUACUGUCACAAGGGCUUUGACAGGCCUUGGGUCCUCAAGGGACAUAUGAGGCUCCAUACCGGCGAAAGACCCUUUAGUUGUCCUUCAUGUGAUAAGAGUUUUGCAGACAGGCAAGUUAGGUCAUCUAUAAACCUCACUUUUCCAAAUUCUCAGUUAAAACUCCUUUGUAGUGAUGCACCACACAUAUUUUACAUAUGGAAAUGACAUUUCUUGUUGAUUACACCAAGUACAUUCUAGUCAAACACAAAAUUGCUGUAAUUUACAUUAUUUAUAGAGUAUUUAAUUUGUGAUAUUAGAGUUUAAUUUUCUUCACAUUA